AUGCAUAUCUAUCCUACAUGUGGUGUUUGGAAAUUAGAUGGAAAUAGUGGAUGGGUUUUUUCUGCUGAUGACAAAGGGGCUAGACUACUGCUAUUGGAUUCAAAUUCUACUUUAGAGGAUUUAAAAGGAAUGGUUGUGGAGGAUUUUGAUAUGGAAGAAGAUAGCUUAGGUGAUUUGGAGUUCAGUUAUCUACCUACUGAGUUGAUCAAUACAUCAACUUCCCCACCUGUGAUAAUUGCCAAUAAUAGACAGCUUAAGAAUUUUAUUGGCUAUGUUGAAAAGAGUGUUUCUACUCUAUUGUGUGUAACAUCUAAAGCUAAGGGUCAGAAUCCAGAUGAAGCAGAAUUUGAUCUUAACAUGUCGCCAUCUGAUUCAAGUGAUGAUGAAGAGGAGAGCAAGUCCUUGAACAGAAGUGACGAAGCUCCUGUGUUUUAUGAGACUCAGAGCGAGGAGAAGAAAGAAAAGGAUGACGGAUUCGAAUCUGAUGAGGAUGCCUAUGAGGCAGGUACUGAGAUCUGUGAAACCGAGAACAUAGAUAGUAAGUUAAACUCCUCUCUGCUCCAAGUUGUUAAGACGGGACAAUAUUUUGAGAGCAAAACUUUGUUGAAGGCGACUUUCGAGAUAUGUGCAAUGAAGCAUAACUUUGACUACCAGGUUAUCAAAACGGAUAGGAAAGUUUGGUAUGUUAGAUGUGCGGAUGAUGCAUGCAGUUGGAGUGUUCGAGCAACGUGUUUGAAGGAUUCUAAAUUUUUCGUGAUCAAGAAGUAUGUCGGUCAACAUAGUUGCGCACCUUCAAGCAAAACCAAAGCGUGUAAGACUGCCUCGGCAAAAACUAUAGGCAGUAUCAUUAUGCAUAAGUAUGAAGGGGUCAAGGAGGGGCCAAAAUGUAAUGACAUCAUACAGAUUAUGCGUCGUGAUCAUGCUUGUGAGAUCUCGAAAUCCUUAGCAUGGGAUGCUCGUGAAUAUGCGAUCAAUGCAGUAAGAGGUAUUCCAGAGAGAAGUUAUGGGAAAAUACCAAAAUACUUGCACAUGCUGCGAGAGGCUAAUCCGGGGACACGUUCAGCUUAUGAGAUGGACGGCAAAGGGAGGUUUCAGUACCUGUUUAUUGCAUUUGGGCAAUCGAUAAGAGGUUUUAAGAGAGUCAUGAGGCAGGUUAUAGUGAUAGAUGGGACUUUUUUGAAGAAUAAGUACAAAGGAGUUUUACUCGUUGCUACUGCUCUUGAUGGAAAUUCGAAUUUGUAUCCUAUUGCAUUCGGCGUAGUCGACUCAGAGAAUGAUCGGUCUUGGGAAUGGUUUUUGACACAGCUCAAGCUUGUCAUAGAUGAUGAUCGCCAUUUGGCUUUUAUUUCGGACAGACAUGGGUCCAUCGUUAAGGGGCUUGAGAAGGUGUAUCCAGAAGCUAGACAUGGUAUCUGUAUUCAUCAUUUGUUGAAUAAUGUGGUCACCUACUACCAUGGGAAAGGACUUGUUGGGUUGGUUUCAAAGGCUUCAAAGACUUAUAGAGUCGCUGAUUUUGAUAAGACUUUUGCGAAUGUGUGUAAUAUCAGUCCGGCUAUUGGAAAGUACCUACGGGAUGCUGAUGUGCAGAAAUGGGCAAGAUGUCAAUUCCCUGGAUACCGAUACGACCUGAGGACAACCAACCCGGCAGAAUCUAUCAACUCUGCUUUGCGUUCGCCGAGAGAGUUUCCACUCAUUCCUUUGUUGGACAGUAUCAGGGAAAUGUUGACACGUUGGUUUUAUAAGCGUAAGAAGCUGAUUGCAAAGCAUAAUCAUCCUCUGACCAAAAAAGUGGAGUUAAAGAUAGCUAGGAGAACCAGGAAAGGCGCCACAUUUGAAGUUUACCCUGUCAGUGAAGGAAGAUUGCUUGUUAGAGGUGACAUGUUUGACUGCUUAGUUGAUUUGGAUAGACGGACUUGCUCAUGUGGAAAGUUCGACCUUUUGAAGAUCCCUUGUAGGCAUGCGUAUUCCACUAAUCUACUCAGUAUAUGA